AUGCCGGGGAGCCGCAUGCGGGUGGUGGCCGCGGAUCGAGCACCCGUCGCGAGACGUUGGCUCUAUGUGUGGGGCACCCUUGUUGUUGUGCUCGGGUGCACGCUUCCUAGAGUCACAGCGCUCAAUGCGGUGGUCAUUGACGGGUUUUGGGGCCGAUCCACCCCUGAUGGAUCAGAGGUGGCGUACAACCUCACUGGCAAUGGCGAGGGUCUUGCCAUCAACACACCAUCAGCUCUGCGGUUUGCAUUUCAUGAAGCCGUGAGCGGCGACGCCUCAUCUCAGGCUGCCGCCGUCAGCAACAAUGCCGACGAGCGACGCUUUGCAUGCCAGCUUGACGCACAAAGUUGGAUGGCCUGUUCAUCAGUCCGUGUCGAUGCUCAACCGGGUGCUCAAGUCAGCUUUGCAACCUCUUCACGCCUCGCUGACGGAAAUCGGGAGUUUUGUGUGCGUGUGACGCGGGACCUUGCCCUCAAUGGCCAAUUAAUAUCUUGCACCACCGAGGCUGGCUGUGGCCCUGCCACCUGCAUCGCUUUUACCAUCGAUACCAUGGCACCAGCGUUGGAGUUAUUGGCCGUGGGCUUUCCCCAGCAAGAACUGGCAGCGGCAGUUAACAACGCAGGGCUCGCUCAGGCUGUAGAGGCCUACACGCAGACCUGGGCAGCUCAACCACGCCUGUAUGACCCUGCUGCUCCACAGGCUGCGGUGACGCGCCGCACGACCAUCCUCACCCUUUGGCGACCCACCGAGACAAUACACAGUCCAACGGCGCUCCUGAAUGUUUCCGACGACAGCGCGUGGUCCGGGUCCGCCGCGCUUUCAAUUGUUUCCAAUGCCACGCUGGAGCUCGAGUCUCGCAUUUAUGCCAACGUUCUCGUCGUGUAUGGCAGUUGGACUCCAGAUGCGCAAAGCUCAGAAAACAACGUGCGGCUCAGACUGGCGGCGAUGGAUCUAGCCGGCAAUCUCUUGAUGCCGACCACAUUCACCUGGCGUUUUGAUCAAACAGCCCCCGCAGUUCUUGUGCCGGCGGACACGCUGUUUGACCAAGGUCGCCAGCAAUCGGCCAUCACGGCCGGAACGAUUGAGUUUGCUACUCUGGAACCUAACGUCCUGGCUGAGUGUCGGCUUCAACGCCUGGGUGCUAGCUUCCGGGCUGAGUUUGAUCCAUGCACCAGUCCCUUUGCUUUUGAUGUGAGCACCGAGGUGGCGGCUCUUCAGGCUGCCGCGUACGAAUUUCACGUUCGUGCUCGCGACUAUGCCGGAAACGUGGGCGACUGUUCUUCAGACGCCGUUGAUGCGCUUAGCGUUGCUCAGCCCGCACCGUGCAUGUACUAUCGCUUUAGUCUGGAUGUGCGGACACCAGAUCUCGUGCUUGAGCCCUUGCUACCGGCGACUGCUCGUCCGACCCAAGGGGUAGCGGAGUGCCGCUUCUUAGACUCCGAGCGCCUUUGCGUCUGGACUGAGCCCGCGCUGGCCCUGCUGAUCGCAAACGCCUCACGCGUGGCUGGUCUUGAGUGCAGUCUCAAUGGAGCUGCCUGGAUCGCCUGCCCCUUGUACAAUGCGACUAGGGCUGGGUUGUUGGUCAAUCAGAGUGACCUUGAGACUCGAGUUGCAAACCAUGCUAACGCCAUAGUCCUGGUGCUCACAGGACUUGCCGACCAAGCACAUCAGCUACGCGUGCGCCCCACAUCGCCACAUGACGUGCAAGGAGCUAUUCUUGAAUACGUUUGGCGCACCAAGGCGGUGCCUCCCACCACUCGCAUCCUCAGUCGCCCCGCGCCCCUGACGCGCCGGCGUGAAUCCCGCUUCUUGUUCACGCUGGCCACAAGCGAUGCCUAUCAUGCCGGGUUUGCAUGCUCCACCACAGGGGACGAAUACACCCCCUGCAGCUCUGGGCUCCUCACCCGACUGGCCUCCAAUUACACCGGUGGCCUUGCAAAUUCAACCCAAUUCACCACGGGUUGGCUCUCCACCUCGGCCGUCACCGCCGCUGCAGAUGGCGGCGGAGACGUGGAGAGUCGCUCUUGCCGCGGUCUGGGCGCCACUGCCGAGCCCUGGUCCUGGUCAUGUCGCACGCAAUGCGCUGCCAGCAGUACCGCAUGCGUCCCUAUACCUGCCGAACAGGCCGGGGUACAAUUGCGAACAGCUUGCGAGCUAGUGCAUGGGGAGGUCCUGCUAGAGUGCCGAAAUCAAGAUCAGGCGGCGAGGGGACAAAUUUGCCCUGAUUUUGCAGUACAGCUGACCUGCAACGCCCCGGCUAAUCAGACGCGUCUCCACAUCGCAGCCACAGGCAACACCACCGUGUAUGCUGAUGGUGUGGCCGUCUUACGGUCAGCCCUAUGGUCUCGUGAUGCCACUGUCACACUACCCCUUUUCAACGUUCUCGCAGUCGAGGUCGAGGCAGCCGCCGAUCCGGCUCGCCUCAUCGCUACCCUACCCUUCCUUGACGCUGUAUCCGACGCCAGCUGGAGGUGCACAUCUGAUACCAGCGAGGUUGUCGUGUUGGGCAAUUGGACUUUAGCGACAUACGAUGACCAUGAUUGGUCUCCUGCAGUAUCCGCUGUCGAACCACAGCCCGCCGCAUGGACUGCCGCACUCACUCGGCGGCAAAGCGCGGAUGCGCUUUGGGUACAGGCGGCUCAGGGUGGUAUGCACCUCUACUGCCGCUUUCGGCCUCAGCCUCCCAUCGAGGAUGACAGCGCUGAAGCCCUGGCCGUGCACCUUGAUGGCAAUGGGGUAGCGCGGCUUUUUUUGCGAGCCGAGGAUGUGUUCGGCAAUCAGGAAGUUCCCCAGAUAUUGGCUUGGGCACUUGAUCUUGUCGCGCCCACAGCGCGCGUGGUGGCGCCGACCCGCGUCAACACCAUCAACGGAUCCGAGGCUGUUUUUUCUGCUUGGGCCGGCGAGGCUUCUGAUGAGCCCGACCUCAACGUGGUGGACAAUACGACAUACACACCCACGUUUCAGUUCCUUGUCAACACAGAGCCCCUGCCCGGUCGGUGGUGCGGCCCGGGUAGCUUUCUUUGCGAUGGGCGCUGCAUUUAUAUGCCGGCGUGCGAUGCCAACCUCUCGGAUAUGACACCGCUUGACCCACGCUUGGGCGCCGCAGGGAGCCAGUGUGCUACUCGGUUGCUCGGGUGCGACGUGGACCAAACGCUACCCCGGGCUCUGGGUGACUUGCUGGUGCACGGCUUUAACGAAGUAACAGUGGUUGGCACGGACCUGGCUGGGAAUCGCGGUGAAACUCAGACUCAGACGGUGUGGGCCGACCUGCAGCUUCCAAUGCUCGCGCUGCUAUCAAGCAAUGCAACAACCACGGAUGAGGAGGACGUUGACCUCGUGGUGGGCCGUGCCGGUGUUGCUCUGUCCGUGGGAGCCAGCUACGAGCUUAAUCCGGCCCCAUUCGAAUACCACGCUCAGAUAUUCGGACGCCUGGGGGACGCUGACAGCUGGACGCUGUGGGCUUCGCUGCAUCCGGCAGCCGCCAAUCUUGGCUCUCCGCGCAAAGUGCAGUUGGUGCGGCUAACAUCAGACACUACCCCGGACACCGAUUCGGAGACAGCCAGCUCCCGCGAGGAUGGGCUGCUCUGGCCAUACCUAGCCUCCAGAACGCACAUUCCGUCCUGGCAAGCCUGGCCUACCACUGACAGUGGCGUCUUGCUCCUGAGCUGGACCCUGGCGCUUGGUGAUACCGCUCUAGACUGCGUGCGAGCUUGUGUUGGACAGCUUGCUUGUGCGGCCUUGCAGGUGCUAUACGUGCACGAUUCAGGCUUAUUCACAUGCCAGCUGUUUACCGUGGAACCCACCAGGCACAUCGAUCUCGAUACCCAUGUUCAAGUCCAAGUCUUGAUGCUGGCAGUGUCACACGAGAGCACUUGUCAAGUACACCUGGAUACGCGCCGCGAGACGCUGAAUGUAACAGCGCCGCGGUCCUUUGAUGCUUUCACUGCGGCUCGCGCCCGUUUUGAGGCGAUUGCCAAUUCUUCAUGGGCCACCGACGACAAUGUUCAUGCCACGCCAGCGGCUGCCACAGCAUCAGCCGAGGCAACUCCUUACGCCAUCCAAACGCUACACGCACGGCUACACCCCAGCUACUCCUCUUUUGUUUGUGCCAGCGUCAACAAUGACGAAGCAGCUCCUGCCUGGCUGGGGGCUGCCUGGCUCGACGAUUUGAGUGUGCUCCUUGAUGAGGUCUUGGAAGCUCGUCAGAGCGGCGCGAACUGUCCCGUUCCUCUGACCACCUUGGCGAACAUCGACUGCACUGGCAGCUCCACAGCCGGCCCUUUGCUCGCAUUCCGCGCUCGAACAUGCCUUCCUGAUGUCGUUGCCGCGGGAAUGGAUUUGACUGCCGAAGCGCAAGCGGCAGCCUUGGUGCAAGGCGGACAAGUGCAGGCCGACGAUUUGAUUCGGGUGUGGGUGGAGAUGACUGCCAUGUCAAGCUGCAGCCUCGACGCCCCCAUCCUGGUCCUUGACUGGUUUGGCUCAGAUUCCCAGACCGUGGCAUUGCCGUUACACGCGAACCCAUGCACCAAAGAAGUGACCUCUUCAGACACGCCAGCCUCGGCCAUGGUAGCCGGGUUGCUCGUGCCUGUUGCUGCGUUGUGUGCCUCAGAUGGCAUCCAUGUCCUCGAACUCUUUGCCGUUGACCAGCUCGGCAAUCCCGGUCCUAGGCUUCAGCUGACGGCCCGGUUUGACAGCGUCACGCCCCAGGUUCUGCUGAGCAACAAGCCCGAGCCCUACACCGACGCAGCCGGGGGCCAGGCGGCUCAAUUCGACCUGUUAUGCAGCGAUGCUGGUGAAACCACGAAUGCUUGUACGUUUUUUUGUAGACUGCUCGAUGCCGAAGUCAGUGUCCUGUCCGUCCCAUUCGAGAGCUGUGCGGCUGCCACGCGGCUGUCACUCUCAGGUGGGUCCUAUACCUUUGAGGCCUAUGCCGUCGAUGCAGCCGGGAACGCUGGCGACAUUGUGCAGUGGUCUUUUGUGGUUGAUGAUACGGCACCAUCCGUGGAUUUGGUCAGCAACAUCGUGGGGGCCUCAAGCCUGACAAAUCUGGGUACAACACAGCUUGCAGUGGUUUCAUCUGAAGAUAGUGACGUCAUUUGUGCCGUUACAGUCUUGCCAUGCGUCGAUGCUCAGGACCCGGUCACAGGCACUUGCGUUGCCCAGAUGCCAUUGCUCGAUGCCUACGAGAGUUGUGCCUUUCCUGCCAGUCUGGCGGACUUGGUUCCGGCUGAUCAACAGCACCUGCUCGCAUCAUCCGCACUCGCUGAGUUGAAUGCGUCGACGGCCAACAUCACUGUUUCGGUCUUGGCUCGUGACGCUGCAGGCAACGUGCCGCCAACGCCAGCUGCACUGUGGUGGCAGUAUCGCAGCGAGGAUCUGUGGAUUCGCUUGUCAGCAGACUCUCUGCCUCCCAGCGUCAGCUUGGCCGAUCAUUUCUCCAUCCAGGCUGAGGGCAAUGGAGAUGGCCUCCAGUGUGCAUGGUCAGAGGGUGCGAGCUCAUCGGCAAUAAAUGCAGCACCAAUCGAGUGGCAAGGCUGUGAGAGCCCUUUCCGAGCCCGAUCGACGAAGCGGCACCAACGUUUCUGCGCGCGGGCCACUACGUCGAGCAGCGAUGGGACGAGGAGCGACGCCUCGGGGGUUCCAAGCACGAUGCAAACGUCCACCGCAGCGUGUCACACUUGGCAAUAUUUGUCGGUUGCGGUGGAGCUGGGCGCGCCCUCGUUGAGCGAUGCUCAACUAGAUCCCUUGGUGCAGGCCGUGUUGGUCUUUGACUCCACUUGGCCUCGGCAUUUGUUCGUUGCUGCAUCUCAAAACGUGACGCUUGUCAACGCCGCAGCGGCGUCUACGCGGGGACGCGUGACACUGCAGAGAAGAAACGUGACGGCGUUGGACAUUGAGUUGGCCGUUCCUGCAUGGGUGGGGGCCUUUUCACUACGUCUGUUCAAAACGCAGACGGGUAUGCUUAUGGAAGAUCUCGGCGAAUGGUUGAUGUUCAAUGUGCGCUCCAGCAUUGUUCUGUCCCCAGCUACCAUGCUGGCGUUUAUCCGUGGGGAAACAACAUGGAGCGCCUGGCAAGGCGCUGUCAUGCUGGGCUCAUGGACAGUGUCUCCCAUGGGAUGGGUUAGCAGCACUUUCAAGCUAGCAGCGCCCGCGGGAGCGGGCGUGGCUUUGCAGUGCUGCGCGGGGCCUGCGUGCCUAUCACGGUGCUUGCGAUGUCGUCCAGAUGUCUGCGCGCUCGAUUGCCACGAACCAGAGCUCACACGCUGUGCUUGUGCAGCUACCAGUAGCUUCCCGGCUCUCACAGACGUCCGAUCGACGUGUGUGUCGGGUGCUCAGGCUUUUCCCUACCCAACCGCGUUGACAGACGAGCGCAUCACGGUGGUGGCCCGUGCCGUGGACGCUGCUGGUCAACCCGGUGCCAUGCAUACAGUGGAGCGUGAACUUGACUUGACGCGGCCCGUGCUGGGAGGUGUGCAUGUGCCUAGCGACGGUACACGCCUUUCAAGUUCUGAGGCCCUGACCGAGAUUCAUUGUCACGAGCCGGAGGCGUGUAUGCUGGACAUGUCGAGCCAAGCGGUGCGCUUUGAGGCAUCGGCCGCAGUGAUUUCAAAGGUGGUGAUCAGUGAUGUCGCUGGUUGGCAGCGGGCGUUCGACAACCUGACGCUCCCAGUCAUGCCGCCCACUGCGUCCAAUUUCACUUUCGCACUCACAGUAGACACUCCUUCGCGUGCCCAAAUGCCCGUGAUCAGUAAAGCUGCCACCAAUACCACAAGUGUGGUCGUGACCUGGUCGAGUGCUCUGCCGACAGCGUGUGUGCUCCUGCGCGAGGUGGAUGGGACAAAUGUCAUGCUGGCCUCGCACUGCUUCAUCCAGUGGCAAAAUGGUACCUUGGUCGCCUGCCCACGCGUUCGCCUAACAAACCGCGGACGCGUGGGUUCACCGGACGUGGCUGCCGUCUUGGGCGAGUAUGAGCGUGCCUGUGCACCUGGUGCGUCGAUUGAAACUACCACGCUGUGCCGCUGGAACAGUCGGCCGCUGUACCGGCAAGCCCUGGCGAGUGAUGAGGCAGCCGAGGCACCUUUUCUCGUCUACGAUGGCGUGACUUGGUUGGUAACGAGGUCACUACCGAAUUCGCAGGCCUCGCCGUUGAGUGACACGGAUGUAGUCUUGUAUGCAGAGUCGACUGCCGCUGUACCGACUGGGCGUAUGCGCUUGGCAGCUGACGACUCCUUGACGACCGUGGAAGCCUCUUGUGGUGGUGCCACGCCUGGAGUGGUGGCGUCUUUUGAGGGCAUGAUGCCAGGCGCCUAUCAAGUGUGCCUGACCUCAUCCAGCGGUGCACGCGCAUGCAGGAGCGCUCAAGUACUGGAUUUGACAGGGCCUGCAAUAGGAUCUGCUGCCAGCACAGAGGACCCAUGCGCGAGCGUACACCGAGAGAAUGAGACCUUUGCCAUUCUGGCCGUGGUUCUUUACGCCUUGUUUGCCAUAGCGGCAUCAUUGCUGAUUUACUUUCGGCGCAAGCGGAGUUUCUUCGGCUUUGGCCAGUCGGCUGACAUCAAGAUUGAUCUCAACGCCGUCCCCGAGCGUAAGCGCGUGCCAUUUGCCCUCGAGAACGGACAGGUCGAGCAGCAGCCCCUGUUUUACGAUGGUGAAGACAUCUCUGGCAAGGUCACCAUCAGUCUGAAAAAUCCGGGAAAAAAACUGGAGCACUACGGCAUCAAGGUCGAAUUUAUUGGGCAAACCGAGAUGCUCUUCGAUCGUGGCAACCAUCAGGCAUUUACGUCUCUGGUCAAAGAGCUGGCGGCGCCUGGCGAUAUGGUGAAGAACCAAACCUUUGAGUUCAAAUUUGACAAGGCCGAAAAGCCCUACGAAUCCUACAAGGGUGUCAAUGUGCGGUUACGCUACUUUGUGCGAGUCACCAUCAUGCGCCGCAUCAGCAAUAUUGUCAAGGAGAAGGACCUGGCUGUACACACCCUUUCCUCUUACCCCGAAGUCAACGGCAGCAUCAAGAUGGAGGUCGGCAUCGAAGACUCGCUUCACAUUGAGUUUGAAUAUAACCGUGCCAAGUACCACCUGAAAGACGUGAUUGUGGGCAAAAUUUAUUUCUUGCUCGUCCGCAUCAAGCUCAAAUACAUGGAGCUGGCCAUCAUCAAGCGCGAGAUUGCCGGAUCAGGCCAAAAUGUGUACAACGAAACCGAGACCAUCACGAAAUACGAAAUCAUGGACGGUGCUCCCGUGCGCGGUGAAACCAUUCCCAUUCGUCUUUUCCUGGCCGGCUUUGAUCUCAGCCCAACGAUGCGCGAUGCCAGCAAGACUUUCCAAGUCCGCUACUAUCUCAACCUCGUCCUCGUUGAUGAAGAGGUAUGA